GUGAUACUGAGAAGAGGAGUGAGGAGAGUGAACCUGUAACUCAGUCUAACACACACACAGACAGACGGAGGGAACUUUACAGCAGCAACGGAAGCAGCAGAAGCGUGGUGUGGGACAGAGGGAGAUGUUGUCUGGCUGAGCUGGGACCUGUCCUCUCCUGUCUAUCUGAUGGAGAGCAGAGGGACGCAGCACAGUGAGCUGAUUCUUAGGUGUAUGGGGUCGAGGUGAAAGAGGAGUUUGCUGGGAAUCAUGUGAUUUGGACAGCGAUGUUUACCUGCAUCAUGUGACUUCACAGAGAAGAUUAUACUAUAGGGUCUCCAUUAUGGCAGUUGUGAUGUGUAUCUCUCUCUUCCUCUUCCUGCUCCUCCUCUUCCUCUCCCUCACUCCUCUCCUCCAUCUGCAUGCCUUCUCCCUGGCCACAGAGGGCGCCACAGAGGCACCACUUCACCCACACACAGACACACAGACAGAUGUACAGGUUUCACACAGCCCUUUAGGGCCCUCCUGGGCUCCGGUAGGCCUCAACGCUGGAGCCAGAAUGACCGACUCUCUCGGUUGGUUUCCAGGGCUGAGGGGCUCCACACUGGAACCUGAGGAAACUGAGAAACAUUACUACACAGACGAGUUUCAAGGAAUUAUCGGUGAAUACCCUGAUUUGCUGGAAAGCCCUGAGCAGUCACCUAAAACUGUCCCCAAAGAAACAGGGCUGGAGACAUUCAGAUUCACAGAGGCAGACAGUGUCACUGCAUGGAUGGAAAUCAAACCUCCAACUGGGACCUUAUUUAGGGAUGGACCACCAGACAGUAUCCAGGAUGGAGCUCCUGAAAACGAGCUAACAGAGAGCAACAUCAGGGGGAAGGCUGGAUCCCCACUAACUCCUUCACAGGAUGGACGGACUACUCAGAUACCUCUGUCACUCCCACAGAAUGGAGAUAGUAUUGGUAGACCAACACCCAUCCUUCUCUUUAGCUCCGACUAUACAGAGACCUUAGGCUUUAAUCCACUCACUACCUUACCAACCCCAGUGACCGCACAGCUAGGCUCCACUACUGACCCGGACCAAGACCAACCCAUAGCCCUGGCCACAAACAAAGGGUUGCUAGCUCUGGACCAACCAGCCACCCCACAAAGAGACAUGCUGGAGGGAGAUACCGUGAUGGAGACUGGAGACUUCUCAGAGUUGGAGGACUUCACAGAGAACCUCACAGAUACAGGAACAGACACAGGUGUAUCUCCAGAGGAGGUGUGGCCUAAGUCAGCCACCAAUGAGACACCUAUCCUCGACUGCAGCCUGGACACCAAGGCCACGCCCUGCAACACAAAUCAUUCCUGGAGCCCUGUUUACCCUGAUGACAUCAUCUCAAAUAAAUCCCAGCGCCCCAUUCUGUCUCUAACGCCUCCUCUCUUCGUGCCUCUGUAUUCUGAUUGGAACUCAGCUCUGGCCACCUGGGGCUUUGCCUGGGAGGUCCACAUCUAUGGUCUGGGAUCUGUGUUCGCUGCAUUAGGUCUGAUAUCUGUACUCUGCCUGUUAGGCCUGCCCCUGCGCUGCCCCCCGGGAAGCCCCUACUUCAGCCUGCUGCAUCUGUUCCUCCUGGCCACUGGAGGCACUAGAGCAUGCACUCUGCUGUAUGAUGCUUAUAGUCACCAGGACCGCCUGUCUGCUCUGGGCUCUCUCCUACUUUCUGAGCUACCCUUACCCUGCCUCACCUCUGCCUUCUCCCUCUGCUUCCUCCUCCUCUCCCUCCGCUCUCGCAUGCACCUCUCCCUCCCUUUUUCCCUCUCCAACUCGCUCCCUCUCUUGGCCCUGCCCCGGCCCUGUCUCUUGUUCUCCCUCUCGCUGUUGCACUUCGGGGCCUCCCUGGGCUCCAUAGCUCUCUUCCAUGUCUUCCCCAGCCUCCCUGUCCUCCUCCUACUCCCCCAGGGAGUGUUCAUCCUCCUCUGCCUCCUUCUCCCCUGCUCCUUCCUCCUCUUCUACUGCUUUGUACGACAAGACACCAAGCAUGUCCAACGGCUGAGUGAUGGUGAAGGAGAGGUAACAGGUUCCCCGGUGUUGGUGAGGCGGCCGUCCCGGUGCCCAUUCGCUGAGGCUGGGGAGUGGAGCAGGGCGGCAGGGGCUGGGGUGGGAGGGUCUCUGUGCCUGUUAGGCUGUGGGGGGCUCCAGAUGUAUGGGAUGUUACAUGCAAUGGGGUUUGGAGGGGUGAGUGCUGGGGCGGGGUUUCAGCCCUGGCCUUGGUGGGGCUACCAGCUGGGCUGCAGGCUCUGUGAGGUGGGGGUGUGUCUGUCCCUCUCAAUCAUCGGCACUCAUCCCCUCCUCUUCUGUUGCUCCAACUCUAACUCCUCCCCCUGGACUAAACCCAACUCCAACCCCCGUCCGGGGUCCUGGGCGCGGCUGCCCUGUGCCUCACCCUCAGGAGGGCCUAGCCACCCCCUUCCCCUCUCCACAGUCCUCCCCCCUCACUACCCCUGGUCACUGGGGCAGGAAGAGAAGCUGGUGGUGUGUGAUGUCAUUAGUAAGCGCCAGUCCGAAGCGUUCCCCCUUUACACACUAAUGGACCCCCCCUCAAACGGACUGAACCUGCAUCCUAACCCUAACACCCACCCUGGCCAGACCAGAACCUCCAGACACCCCCACCUCCCUGACCCUCCCAGCCCACCAUGGAUGCCUCAAGCUGGGGUUGCGUCCCAGGGCUCUUCCCAGGCUAGUCUAGUUCUGGACACUGACUCCACAAUGUACCUGCGCCCCCCCUCUCCAAUCGACCUGUCCCGGAGCAUAGACCAGGCCCUGUACAGCGAAACCCUGUUCCCCCACAGUCUCUUUAGUCCCCCCAGGCUGCUCCAUGCCUCCUCCAGCCUCUCCCUGAACUCCCCUGGCUCCCACCUCAGCCAGAGUGCCUCACAACCUGGACACAGCUCAGCCGACAGCUCCCUCUACCGGACCUCUUCCUGUGGAGAUGUGGAUAUGUCUCCUACACGGCCUCCCCAGCCAGGGUGCAUCCUCCCAGGCCACGGUGAUCCCAGCUCCCCCCCUGAGCGCUGGUGGAGAGGUAGUAACCACAGCUGCCUGUGCCAGGAGUCCCUGAGUGGGUCUUCCCAGGGUCUGUUCUCCAGCCCGGGGGCAGGAGGGGCGCGUUCGCAUCCCCACUCCACCAGAGGGCAGCUCCACUCCCAGAGCAGCCUGCCCAGGACGCUCCCCAACCUCUCCCACCACAGACGCUACCGCACCCUCAACUCCGCCUCGCAGGACAGCCAGGGGGAGGGGCAGCUGGAGGGCAGAGAGGACCUGAGUGAAAGCAGGUUGCUGGAACAGGAUCUGGCCAUACAAGCGGAGUUUGUCAACGUGUGCCGACAGAUCGAUGCUCUUAGCGUGUGCAGUGACACUAUUGACCUGUAG